AUGUCAAGAGAGCAGCCACUACGACGAACGUGCCCGCCGCUCGUUCAGGAGCGACUCGACCAGGCGGCGAAUCUGCGUCUGCUCGUCGUCCAGGAGCUGGGCCCGAUGGCAUUCAUCUUGCGAGAGGCCGAGGCCGAGAAGAAGUACAAAGUCGGCCUUGGAUCGUGCCAGACAUGCACUUGCGCAGAUUUUGUGUCGGAGCAAGAGCUCUGCGUCCACAUCCUGUGGGUCAUGAUCAAGGUCUUCCACGUCCCAAAGGACUCUGAGGCCAUUUACCAGCGAUCUCUUGUUGAACGAGAGAUCAGCCAGGUUUUGCGGGGCCGCAAGAGCUACCACUCAAAUACCCCGCCCAGCGUCGCUGCAGCCAAGACACAGCCCGCGAGGCCCGAAAACGACGACGCCAUCUCGCGACGUGAGAUCUCUGAAGGCGAUGUGUGCCCAAUCUGCCAGGAAGAGUUUGACGACACCGCGCCGUCCCAGAUCACAUACUGCAAAACAAGCUGUGGGAACAACGUGCACAUCAAGUGCAUGAAGAUUAUGGCAGAGCACCAGGCCAAGGCCAUGGGUGUCGAUGUGGUCAAGUGCCCGCUUUGUCGCAACAACUUUGGCACAAUCGACCACCUGAAAGGAGAAUACGAGGCGGCCUUCAAGGUCCGAAGAAGGGAGAAGGUUGAGCGAGAAACCCGACAUCUUGGCUGCACUUGUCGUGGAUGUGGACUGCUUCCGAUCGUGGGAAACUGUCACAAGUGCCAGAACUGCAAAGAGUAUUAUCUCUGCCAAAAAUGCUUUACUGGAGGAAGCCACAGCGAACAUGUGUUUAUGGUCCGAUCCAAACGGCAGGAGCAGUGGAAGCCAGCCUCGCGGAUGGUGGCCUCGUCGCUUCCGCCUCAGCUGAUCGACCAGCUGCAGCGGCGGGAGCUGGGGCACAAUGACUACGAUCUCCUUUUGCAGCUGGACGGGCGAGUCGAGCAAGGGCACGUCCCGAUCCAGAUUGUCAACUCGUUCCCCACCAAGACGGUCAAGUCCACGGAUCUGCCUGGGCUCAAGGACGCCAAGUGCGAGAUCUGCUAUGACAAGUGGCGACGAGGAGACCUGAAGAGGAUUUUGCCGUGUGGAUGCGACUUCCACCGUCCAUGCAUUGAUCGCUGGCUCUUGCAGACCAAGCCCAAUUGUCCCCGCUGCCACCGACCUGCUUACUCCUCCAUCUCAAACCAAGGCGAGGCCGACGCGAUCAUGCUGGAUCUGCCGGUGUAUCGACCAAACUAUUACGACAUCGAGCCGCCGCCUUCCGAAAAGCCCGUCAAGCCCAAGAAGUCGCGGCAAGCACAUGAGCCACAACCCCCGCCUGUUCAAGAAAACAUGAUAUGUGUCAUCGGCAACAGCCAACAUCACCUCGCUCCGGCUGCAGAGCAGUCUCAGCGAGCAUCGACGGAUGAAACGAAAGCACAAAGCUUCCGCACAGGCCGUCCGACAGACCGGCGCUCGCACAAAACAAAGCCCAAGCUCAAGCCGAAGCGAUCGCCCCAGACAGCCCAAAUCCCGCAGCAAGAGCGGCGUCCAAAUUGCCCCGGCUCCGAUUUGCUGCUGCCGGAUAUCAUUGUCAAGACCAUCGUGCCUACACGCAGCCAUCCAACAUCCUCCGAGAAACGUCUGGUCGGCGCCUCGAAUCGACCCCGGCCAACUGUCCCAGAGACAGCUGCGGACUUACCGUCCGGCUCACACCAGCCCCACACGACCUCACGGGCUCUGCUGUCUCUCCCGUCCCUCUCGGUCGACCAGUUCGUCGGACAGCUUGUCAGACUGGAUCCUGACGCCAAGGGACAGGCACGACAGCCAGAAUCGGAUGCAGGCCCAAGGGCAAAGAACUGGGCGACCAUGGCUGUUGCAGCGCACCCAAAACGAAACGAGACAUCCUUCUACUGAGUCGGCGCUGUCGCUGCUUUCCGGGGCUUGAAUACACACCCAUCCACCGUCCACCAUGGCCAAGCAGCAUGUCCAAGGAGACUAACUUUGUCUUGGCAUGUGGGAACGCCUCCUGGAAGCAAAGGAAGGGACACAUCCGGUCACAGGAGACUCGGACUUGUUCGAUGUUCCGAGUAACUCACCCACCACCAGAGGCGCCCAUGCGUGCUCGGUGAGUGAGUUCAACAGGCACCAGGUCUAUGAUGAUUGAGAACAGGGACGCUGUCCCGUUAUUUUCUGAUAAGGACCAAAACUAUGGCGG